GAGCGCAUGUCAUUGCCUUCGUCGGACGCCUCGCGCUCGCAGAUUCAACUCAAUCAAGGGAUUUCAUCACCAAUUGGGCUCGCAACGGCACCAAAUGAAUAAGAAUAUGGAGGACAUGGACGUUGAUCUUUACAUGCCUGACACUCCUGAUAGAUUGUCAGGGAAGAAAAUUGUCAGCAGGGAAUUUUCCAAAAAUGAAAAUAAUAUAUCUGUUGCUAGUCAUGUCGGAACUUCUGAUGCUACGGGUGAACAAUGUUUUGAUGGCCAAAGGGGCAGGAGUAGGCUGGUCAGGGAAAAUGAUCACCAUAGGAAACUUCAAUUGCCCCGUAAUAAGCGUCAUUGCAAUGGUGGGAUGGAGAGUCAAAAAGAGAUCAUAGAUCUAUCAUCUCCAGAAAAUAAUCCACAUGGUUCAAAGAAUGUUUCUCUUUUUAGGAGAUCAUCUGUAGACAAAAACUCCAAGCGUGAGACCAGGAGUAGUACUAUUGGAGGUCAGCAUUCGGAUAAAGGAAAGGCUAUGUAUUCUAAUGUUCCUUCUAAGUCAUUUGGAUCUAGAAAAGAUGAUUCUAUUUUGGAUUUAACUGAACAGAAUGGACAUGGCCAACCUCUUGAAAUGGCUUUACUGCAUGGUAGAUCAAGAAAUCUUUUAGCUGAAGAGAGAAGAAAUGGUGAUUCUGUUUUGCAUACUACCCUGAAUGCUUCAGGGAUAUCCAGCAACACCCACAAGGGAAAAGAAAAAGUAGAUGAUAAUCAAUACAGAAGGGUUGGUUCUGUUGUGGGUCAUAGAAAAGGAAUUGAUGACUUGAGUGGUUCUCAUGAAAUUGAGACAAAAACGUCUGCAUCUAAUCACUCUGUUGUGUUACCAAGAGUCACUGGGAAAAAAAGAUUGGUUCGAAAUGGGUGCAUCUCCCCAGAGAAUAUAGUUAUUAGGGCUAAACAAUCAGGUGAUCACCUAGAAAACUGCUCAAAAGAUGUUGAAGUUGAACGGAAUCAUGUUGGGGAUGUAGUUUCCAAUAGUCCAUCGACAAUAAACAUAGCUGACAUAGUUGCUGAAGAGAAUUACUACCGCAAAGGUAAAGGAUUGGCAAUCAAUCCUCACACAUCCAUGGAGCAUGACAUAAAUAUAAUCAAUUUAUCAAGCAGUCCUGUGAGCUGUAUUGAAGCUAGCGAAACCAAUGAUUCCUGUAGAGAUGGAGGAUUUGAAGAUAAAGGUGGUUGGAGAAGUACACACAAUCAUUCAAAGAAUGUAGAUCCUGCAGCUGGACAUCAUUUCCUGGGGUUGAAUGGUAGUGGUUCCCAAAUUAAUCAACAUAACAAAAAUAGAAUGGUAAAAAAUGAUAAUGUGAGUGGAGAAAACAGCAGGAUUGCGUUUGGAUGUGAUGGUCUGCAGAGUCAGGGUGCUCCUCAAGCAGCGUCAACAUCUGUCUCAAAGCCCAACCACAGAAGUGAAGGAUCUAAAGCUACAACAAUGCUCCAUACAAGGCAAAGGAAACAUGAACCAACCUUAAGAAAUCUUGGCAAAGCCUCUAGGAUGGUUUCUGAUGAUUCAAAUAUUAUUUGUCUUGGUGCAUCUGGGGAAUCUAGUUCAAGGUCAUCCAGAAUUCAUAAUGAACAAUUUCAGAAUAAUUUGGAUCCUGAUGAGUCAUAUGGUAUGAGACAGACUGAGUCCCAUAACGACUUGGAGGAUAGGGCAAGACAAGUUGAAGCAGAUGAGAAAUUGGCCCGUGAACUCCAAGAACAAUUAUAUCAUGAAGUCCCAACAUUAGGGAAUGGCGAGACAUAUAACAAUCUCUCUUAAAGAUAGCAUAUUUCUGUUCAAUGUGCUGAAUGGUGCCUUGGCUGCAGCAAUCUUAAUGCAAUUCAGGUUCUGAAGAAACUUUUUGUAUUCCCAGACAGGAAAAAAAAUAAUCAUUUUGGGUAUUUACAACCAUAAUGGAAGUUUCUUUUCUUUUCUUUUCUCUUUUUUUUUUUUUUUUUUUUGAAAGAUGUUUUCUGGUUUGGCUGGAGUUAUGGCUUAAACUUUGAACCAUGCCAGAUUUUCAGGGGGCCAGGCUAACAACCUGACCAUCUGAUUACCAAGUAAUGAAUUAAAGCCCUUCGUCUUGAUAGGCCACCAGGGCUUGAAUGGCGAUGCGGGAUGAUGAUCUUCACCCUUUUGGAAAGCAGGAGCAAGUGGUAAGUCUGCAGGGGAUAUGCAUGCCAUCAAUGAGGCUCUGCAUUUUCGCCCUAUCCACUUUUCAAGUAGAGAGCGAUGAAUUUAUUGAACCAAGCUUUUCCUUUUCGAAGCCCUCAGUUCAUGGGUGCAUUUGCUAAUAGAUUUUAUGCCAUUGUAUAUUAAGACUCCAUCUUUCAAUGCAAUUGAUAUCCCCUGCCCUUCCAAUUUUUGC